GUAGAAAAUUUCCAACACAGCCAGAAAUUGAAAGCUGCUCAAUAAGUAACUGGUGAACAAUAUCCCCGAGGGGCCAGGAACCUAAUUAUCCAAAAAUUCAAGAGCGUAGCAGGAGAGGAUGCACAAGCAACGUUUGCCCUUCAAUGGUGGACCGGGAGGAUUCGGAGGCAGUGCCUUCAACUUCAAUGCCCCGCAGUUCGGCGACGGCGCUGGGUUAGCCGAGGGUCUCAACGGGAUGGCGUUUCUGGGUAAUUCGUCCACCAAACCGCUGAUGCGCUCCAUUAGCCGCCAGCGCUCGUUGGUCGAUGGGGCUGGUCUAGAUUCGCUGCCGCCACCUCUUCCCACGAUGGGCCAGCACAUCUUGAGCGGAGCCGGAGUGGGACGUGGCCAACGCUUCCCAGUACCGCCCAUCUCGAGUUACUAUGGGCACUACGAGGGCGACCGUUCGAUGUCUUCGAUGUCCUUGCGAAAGGACACCUCUUCACCGGAAAACUUGAAUCAGACCCAAUGGCAGGAGAAAAAUACACCGCGUCCAGUCACACUUUCGGACACCGACUCCGAGAGCGACCUACGCAGUCAGCAGAAGAGCGCAGAAUUUCCGGAAUCCCGCUGGCGCCGUGCCUUCGGCUGCAUAAUGGACACUUUGCCGGAGCAGCGGCGUCAACGCGUAGAGGUGAUGAUCAAGCGCUGCGGACAGUCGGCCAUCGCCAAGCAUCUCUUGGUGCUGCUGCAACUGCUGGCCCUGGUGGUGGGUGUGGGUUUCCGUCAGAUCACGCGUUUCGGAUGGCUUUGCGGUGGCGUUCGCUAUCGCAUGCGAGGCGCCAAAUUCCAGUUGCGCAGCUCCAUGCGCCAGCUGCUAUGGCGGCUGGCCAAUGCCAAGGGCAAUGACACCUUGCUCUUCCUCAUCGUGGUGCUGAUGACGCCCUGGCUAUUCCUCCUCAGCCUGGUGGGCUUCGCCGUAUCCUUCGUCUUCUCCAUGAGAACCGGCGUGGCAGAGGGAGUUCGACAGCUGCGCCGGCGCGUAUUUUAGACCAUUAGUAUGUGAAAAAGCUGGAGGAGCAGCGCACAGUAGCUCCAACGGCCCAAACUAUCAGACAGACUUCACACAAGGACACUAGAGCAGCGCAUUCCACAAAAUAAAACCAGACACACCGCAAGAAGAAACCACCUGAACAUGAACUAUAUUUUGUGUUGCAGCAACGAAAUAUAAGUGAA